AUGACACUCCCGAGAUGCGAGGAGCUACUGCCGUCGAAGAUGUCGAACUUCACUUUUCUGGAUGAUUUGACUGAGACGUCCUGGGGGUUCAAUCCGACCCUAGGACAGGUCUCAUUCACCAGGAACGUACUUGAGACCACCACUAUUGCUGAUAUGGAUCUGAAGACCACUUACUCCCGCAGGAUUAUGACUUUCCAGAUUCCAUCCUCUUUGAUCAUCUCUAGCUUUCUCUCAGGAGUGAUUGACCGUUUUGGAUUGCUGACUUCUCCUUCAGCCCUACAUGGACCCUCAUACGCCCCAACUGUGGGAAGAGAGUCAUUCUUUCGUGAUUUAUCCAUGCCUCCCCUAGACUUAGAUAUGUCGUUAGGAUUACCCUCGACGUUCACUCGUGACGUCUUUCCCAUAGACGAGCUUCCUCAUAUUGGUCAAGCACGCGUGCAGUCAUUUGAGUCAGUUGUAGGUGAGGCAGAGGAUGACGACACUGAGGAUUCCUCAGAGCACGAUUAUGAGGGCGGAUAUGAUGAGGAUGGCUCUUAUCACACCCUAUCAAGUGCUUGUAGGGGAUUAUGCGGAGCCGGGGUAGGUGGAUAUUAUGGUUGUCAUUAG